GUUGUGGAGCAAGGGUCGUGUUUCGCGGUAAAAAGAAAGGUAGUGUCUCAUUGGUCCGAAGAAGAGGCAUGGCAUCAGGGUGGUGGUUGUCGAGCGAAGGGAUGUGUUCCGUGUGGUAAGGAUAGAGAUUGGCUGGAUGCCCAGAUAAGCGAGAUGGCGCCCGACAGCGGUGAAAUAGCAGGGUCGCCGCUCAAGCCACAAUCACACAAAAAAAGGCUUGCAGGAGACCCGCUUCGUGUGCAAGUAAUGAUGCAUGAGGAAGGGAAAAUGGGAGAUGAAGAGGAUAGGAGCAUGGAGGAAGUGAUUGAAGACGGGGUAGUGCUAUCGUGA